AUGGCUCACCUGAGACCAGGUAAAGAGAAGCGCAAGGCGCCGGAUGAGGGGCCUGGCGCCUCUUUGGUGCAGGACCAGGAGGUCGGCCAGGGUGAUGCCACAUUGGUGUCCAAGAGGCGGAAGUGGUCACUUGGGCGCCAUUCGUUUGUGUACGGCCUGAAAGGCCGUGAGCUGGGCACAUGGGGCCACAGAGAGGCUAUUGGCUUUCAGAGGCAACUGUGCGACUAUGCUGUGCUGAAGCUGCCACACCUGCUCAGGGUUCGCCACCUGGGCUUGGGCACUGUCAACAAGGUAUUCGCGUCACAGUGGCUAAAUGGCAGGCAGGUGGUGUGUGGCACCAAGUGCAAUUCGCUCUUUGUGGUGGAUGUGCUGUCAGGCCAGAUGACACGUAUUCCGCUCCUGAGGGAUAUGAUCCCUGUCCCAGCACGUGCCUAUCCCACCAGUGGCAUCCAUGCCAUCGAGAUAAAUCCCUCCAAGACACUGCUGGCCACCAGUGGGGAAAACCCCAACAGCCUGGCUGUUUAUAAGCUUCCUACCUUCGAUCCUGUGAGCCUGGGUGACCGCCAAGGCCACAGUGACUGGAUUUUCACCAUCAUCUGGGUAAAUGAAACGGUGGCCAUAAGUGGCUCCCGUGAUGGCACUUUGGCAAUGUGGCACGUGAAUCCUGACUCAUCCGGUAUGGACGUUGCCCUUAGUGAGAAUGCUGACCUUCCAGUGUAUGCCCACAUGCGUCCAAAAGGAAUGCAGGCUAUCCCUACGGGAUCUUCCAGCCCCGGUGCCUGCAAAGUGCGAGCUAUGGCUUUCAGUGCCCCAAACCGGGAGCUGGGUGCUGUAUCCCUAGAUGGCUGCUUCCAUCUCUGGAAAGUGGGGGACAACCUUUCCAGACUGUUGACCAUGAGGCUGUCCUACUGCCGAGAAAAUGUGUGCAUGGCCUACUGCGACGAGCUGUCCAUGUAUGCAGUGGGUUCCCAGUUUCAUGUCUCCUUCUUGGAUGUGCGCCAACAUCGGCAGAAAAUUCCACCGCUGUGUUCCCGUGAUGGUGGCACGGGUGUGCGUUCAUUGAGCAUCUAUCAGAACCUGGUCACCGUGGGCACGGGCCACGGUGCUCUACUCUUGUAUGACAUCCGCACCCGCAAGUUCCUUGAAGACAUGUCCGAACACAAUCCAGAACUUCCUGUAGACCCUGCAGGGAGGAAGUUGAAACUGAUGACUGGCUCUGGCUGGGUGAACGAAGAUGAUCUCUGGGUCGACUUCUUUGGUGAUUUGGAGUACUAUCCCAACGCAGUGUACACACACUGCUACAACUGGCCUGAGAUGAAGCUCUUUGUAGCUGGGGGACCAGUCCAUCCAGAUGUCCGUGGGAACUACGCAGGCCUCUGGAGCUAA